AUGUUCACAUUUGACGACUAUCCCUUCCAGUCCACACGGGUCCCCGAGCCCCACGACCUCCCGGACGGAUAUUACCAUAUCCUGCCGUACCGCGUCCCGCUGGUCGAAGCGUCGCUUGAACCAUUCGAGCAGGCGAAAGCCGACUUUGCUCGCGCCGUCGGAAAAGAAUCGAGUGCGUUGAAGCUAGACGCAAAGAACGUUGCGUUUGUGCGCUUUAUAUGUCCGGAAUGUCCUCCAGGGGCUUUCGCUCACUUUCUCUAUUUUGCGACAAUUCUUGCCCUGUGGGAUGAUGAAACGGACGCCCUUGAAACCGAAAAGCACCAAGCCCUGGUGGAUGACUAUGCGCUGGCGAUUGUGUCUAAAAUAAAGCUCGAAACCCCCAUAGCGUGCGAGUUUGAGAUGAAUAAGCUGUACUUCAAUUCAUUGAUGCAACUACUGCAAAAUUUUAACACAGGGGAGAGCGAGACCAGAACCUUCCUGCAGGUGUUUGCGCAGGCCUUGCGGUCUCAAACUGUGCCGCCUCUCAACGAGGUGACAUUCGAAACUUAUAAAGAUCACAGAACGGUCAGCGUUGCAUGGGGUCUCCUCUUCGAUGUUCUGCCUUUCAUCCAGGGCCUACGUAUCAGCGAGAGCGAGCAAGCAUCGGUUGCCCCGAUGAGAGAUCUCUCCAGUCUGAUAAUCGGGUUAACGAACGACCUAGAGAGUUUCAACAAGGAAUUCGACGAGCAUUUUACCAGUGGCACCCUCGAUGCAAUUCACAAUGCGAUGGCGGUCUUGAUGGCUAACUAUGGCUACACGGAAGACGAGGCGCGUGACAUCUUGAAGAGCGAGAUAUUGUCCCUCGAGCGACAGCUUCUGACCGACUACGAGGCCUGGAAGGCUUCCCCAUCCUACAAGUCGGAGGACAUGCGUCGCUUUAUGGCUCUCUGUAUCAUGGCUACGGGCGGUGGUUGUUACGCACAGGCCAUCGCGCCCAAAUAUCACGGAUGCAAGCUCACUACGACUGCGGAAGACAGAGCGCAGCUUGUUGGCCGGAGUAAGAAAGGCUGGAGACUCCAUGGCCAUGCUAAACCAGGAUCAUUUGAAGAGCAGAAGCCCCAAGAAACACUAUGCAGAGACCCUGGUAGCGUUGCAUCACGCGGACCCGUGGACAUUCUUGCGCCCUUUGAGAAAGCUCCAGCAACAGACAUAUGCAUGGCUCCCUAUAACUACAUCCACUCACUCCCAGGAAAGAAAACGAUUACUCGAUUUCUUGACUGCCUGCGCGCCUGGUUUACUUUGCCGGAUGACUCGGCUUCUCUUAUUGAACAAGUCGCAACCAUGCUCUUCAACUGUGCUCUAAUGCUUGACGAUAUUGAGGAUGACUCCACCCUUCGUCGCGGGAAACCAGUCGCAUAUAUCGUGUUCGGCAGAGCACAGACUGUCAACAGUGCGACAUAUCUGCUAGCGAAAGCGACGCGGGAUGUCGAACAGCUGAAGCACCCGGCGUGCAAGGCAGCCUUUCUUGAUGAACUGGAUACUCUUGCGCUCGGGCAAUCUCUCGACCUGUAUUGGAAGUUCCAAAAAGCCUGCCCAACCACAAGCGAGUACCUCACCAUGGUCGAUAACAAAACAGGCGGGUUCUUCAGAAUGGCUCUCCGCCUUAUGGAAAUUGAGUCGGGAGCCGCACCUUGUGCUGACCUGAUGCACCUCAUCACGCUCAUGGGGCGAUACUACCAGAUUCGAGAUGAUUAUCUGAAUCUAACAUCAGAUGAGUACACUGGCACAAAAGGCUUCUGCGAAGACCUCUCCGAGGGAAAAUUCUCGUUCCCGCUUCUGCAUGCGCUACAGAACAGUGCGUCCGCGGAUAUGAUUCGAGGACUGCUAUUCCAUCGCGAGAACGGCCGCGAGCUGUCGCGUGACAUGAAGACGUGGAUUAUCGCUGAGAUGAAAGAGGCGGGGAGUUUGGCGCAUGCGCGUGAUACGGCAAUGCAGCUGCACGACGCGAUGAUGGAGACGCUGGAGCGAGUCGAGGCCUCGCUCGGGCCGAAUAAGCGGAUGAAGGCAUUUUUGCUUUGGCUGAAGCUUUGA